UAUUGUCGUGGCGCAGCUUCUGUAUCACAAUACUUCCGGUGUAAGUUACAGGGCAAGGGAGAGGAUUUAUUUCACAUUUUAUAUCAUUUUAGCAACAUAUAAAACAAGCUGAGGGUUCUUAGGAGUAUCCAUUCAGCGGGUUCCCCAAACAUGGAUAUCCCAAAUCCCCCUGAAGAUCAAGAACUGAGGAAUGUCAUUGACAAGCUGGCCCAGUUUGUCGCUCGGAAUGGGCCAGAGUUUGAGAAGAUGACAAUGGAGAAACAGAAGGACAACCCUAAGUUCUCUUUCCUCUUUGGAGGGGACUACUUCAGCUACUACAAGUGCAAGCUCGCUAUGGAGCAACAGCAGCAUCCCUCUGCCCACGAUGGAGAGGAAUAUAAAUCUGAAGACAUGUACAUCCCAGGCGCUAAAGAUGUGGUUGAUAUUCCUCCUCCAUCGAUACCGAUAAUUGCUCCGCCUACAAUUCCUCCACCCUCUGGGCCCUCUAUUGAUGAACUUGUUCAACAGAGCCAAUGGAAUCUGCAGCAGCAGGAGCAACAUCUACAUACUCUCAGACAGGAGCAAGUGACCGCAGCCAUUGCGCUGGCUACAGAGCAGCAGACCCAAAAACUUCUGCUGGAAACCGGGUUAGACAUCACAGAGUUUGACAACCUUCUGCAGCCCAUCAUAGACACCUGCACCAAAGAUGCAAUCUCUGCUGGUAAGAACUGGAUGUUCAACAAUGCCAAGAGUCCACCACACUGUGAACUGAUGACAUCGCAUCUUCGCAACCGCAUCGCUGUUGAUGGAGCGCAUUUUGAGCUUCGCCUACAUCUAAUCUAUUUAACCAAUGAUGUCCUCCACCACUGCCAGCGGAAGCAGCAAAAGGACCUGCUGGCAGCACUGCAAAAAGUUGUAGUUCCCAUCUAUUGUACCAGCUUUCUGGCUGUAGAGGAGGAGAAGCAGCAAAAGAUCACAAGGUUGUUGCAGCUUUGGGAGAAGAAUGGAUACUUUGAUGAGGAGACCAUUCAACAGCUUCAGAAUCCAGCACUUGGCCUCGGCCAAUACCAGGCAUCUCUGAUAACAGAGUAUGCUGGUGCGGUGCAACCAAUCCAGUUGGCUUUCCAGCAGCAGAUUGCAGCUUUGAAGACCCAGCAUGAAGAGUUUGUUGCCACCCUGAAGCAGCAGCAUCUGCAGCCUGCCCCUGUAGCACAGUUACCUUCCCCUGCUGAAACUGAAAAAGCCCCACCAAUGACGACGCAGGCUGGGGAUGUGAAACCACCUAUGUCAGGUCUUCCUCCAGGAGAGUUUGAUGGAGCGUCAUCUAGACCACAGGACCCCAGCAACCCCAGUGGACCCUCAGAUAUCUCCUCCAACAAGCCCGGAUGGUUUGACCCCCAACACAUUGGCCCCUGGAACCCCAACCAGCCGGUAAAGCCUCCUUUCGAUCCAAAUCAUCCUCCCCCACCUUGCCCUCCUUGGAACAGCCAUGAGGGAAUGUGGAAUGAGCAGAGGGAUCCUGGGAACUGGAGUGGAGCUCCACCCAGAGAAGGUGGCCCCUGGAGUGGUCCAGGUGGGCCUGACCAAGGCCCCCCAUCUUGGAACUCCUUUGACCAGCAACCACCAUGGGGAAACCAGCCUGAGCAGCCUCCAUGGGGUCAGAGGGAGCCCCCCUUUCCUCCUCGCAUGCAGAGACCUCCCCACUUCAGAGGACCCUUCCCUCCCCACCAGCAGCCCCCUCCUUUCAAUCAACCUCCCCCACCACCUCACAAUUUUGGACGCUUCCCCCCACGCUUCAUGCAGGACGACUUUCCACCCAGACACCACUACGACAGGCCGCCAUACACCCCACACCGCUUCGACUACGCUCAGGGAGAGUUUCCAGGAGCUGAAAUGCCAGGCCCUCCUCCACAUCACCAUCCCAAUCAGAGGCUCCCUCCACCAGGUAUGCCAGCUGAACAUCCCCCCUGGGGUGGAGGGCAGCAUCAAGAGUUUGGCCCACCCCCACAUGGCUUCAAUGGCCAUUCGCCUCAUAUGCGUCAUCGGCAGCAGCAAGUUCAAGACGACCCCAGUCUGGUUCCAAAUGUACCCUACUUUGACCUGCCAGCUGGCCUGAUGGCUCCACUGGUUAAACUUGAAGACUAUGAUUAUAAACCUCUAGACCCAAAAGACAUCCGGCUGCCUCCUCCAAUGCCACCCAGUGAUCGAUUACUAGCUGCCGUUGAAGCUUUCUACAGCCCUCCAUCGCAUGACCGGCCGAGAAACAGUGAAGGCUGGGAGCAGAACGGCCUGUAUGAGUUCUUCAGGGCCAAGAUGAGAGCCAGGAGGAAAAAGGGACAGGAGAAACGCAACAGUGCACGUGGAGGCAGCCGUUCCAGGAGCCACUCUCGCAGUAGAGGGAGAUCGUCUUCUCGCUCCAGCUCUCGUUCUUCAAAGUCCUCCAGGUCCAGGUCCCGCUCAUCUCGUUCCCAAUCGCGCAGCCAGUCACGCUCCUACUCCCGGUCCAGGUCAAGGAGCCGAUCCAGGUCAUCUCGAAGUCGGUCUCACUCCAGAUCACGCUCCCGUUCACAUUCUCCCAGCAAGAGGCGGCGUGGUCAGAAAUCCCGGAGCUCGUCCCCAGCCUCCACAUCAGCGGUGGGUACCACUUCUUCUAAAGGGACUCCAGAUAGCCGGCUGGGGGAGGAGAACAAAGGCCAUCAGCUGCUGAUGAAAAUGGGCUGGAGUGGCUCAGGUGGUUUAGGGGCCAAAGAACAGGGCAUCCAGGACCCCAUCAAAGGAGGAGACAUCCGGGAUAAAUGGGACCAGUACAAAGGCGUGGGGGUGUCACUGGACGACCCCUAUGAGAACUAUCGCAGGAACAAGAGUUACAACUUUGUUGCCCGCAUGAAGGCGAGAGAGGAAGUCAAUCGGGAACCUCCGGAGGCUCCUCCAGCUGAGUGACAUCAUCAAAUGGCAUCAGAUAUUCUACUCAUGUUCCCAUGUCCAGCUUGACACCCAAAAUUGGAACUUCACUGUAUGUUUUUAGUCCAAGAUUCUACUCAACAGUCCUUAAUCCUUCGUCUUAUGCUCAGAAACCAGAAACCAAUGAUGUUAAGUUCCACAGUACAAGCACAGCCUCAGAAAUAGUGAAAGCUUUUUAUUUUGCUCUAUUCAACGAGCUGAGAAGGAAGAAUCAGAAAAGCCGAUUAUCACCAGCAACAGGGCAAAAUGUAAACUGAAAAUGUGAGUACGUCAUUCUUUUAGUCUUGAAAUAAAUUGUAAUGAUGAACAUGGAUUGCAUCAUUCACUAUUUCACUCCCUAUAAUUUGGUAUUGAGUCUCUUCAAAGGGCUUAAGGCCUCCUUUAGUGUGAAGGCUGAUCACAUCAAUCAUAGCAGAAAAUAUAUGGGACAAGGCCGUCCUUUUGAAAGCAAACUAUGACAUUUAUUCUUUCAAGUCAAUAGUUAAAUAGAGGAGUUUGUAAGAGUAUUUUAAUUUUAAGUUAAUUUAAUGUCUCCCCUACGUUGCUAGGGGGUCAACAAACUCAAUCUAUUUCCCCCCCCCAUCGUUCAUUUACUGCUUAAAGUUUCAUUUGCAAAAGAUUUUCAAAUAACGAUGAAUGAAAAAUCACCUUUUCAUAAAAAGUGACCCGCUCUGUAAUGAACAGACUUUACUCUGUUAGUAUUUUCUGUUUAAUAAGUGAUGAAAAACGAAUGAAAACUGCUUACUGUGGAUGGUGUCAGAAAUAUCAUGGGUGGUCUGUGAAGAGAUGAGUGAAAGGAUUUUGUCUUUUGUGUGAACUAACUUUAUGAUCUUUGUUUUUUGCUGCUGACUAUUGUGAUACUUUUUCAUGUUAUGACUUCUUCUAUGGAGAUAUACCUGUCAUUGAGUUGUAGUAUCAAAAUAAAUCACACAAAACCAA